AUGUCGACCCCGCAGGAACUUGUUCCCCAAACCGAAUCCAUCGCUGAGGUCUAUGCCACCGACGACGCCUCUGCCACCACUGCUUCUCCAGAACACCUAAAGCGCUUUAACAAUCUGGUCUCCCAGUUUCACAAGCACUACAACCAUCGCCCUGAUUUCGUCGCCCGCAGCCCCGGCCGCGUGAACAUCAUCGGAGAGCACAUCGACUACAACCUGUACGAUGUCCUGCCCACAGCCGUCAGCGUCGACGUAAUUAUCGCCGUCAAAGUUGCCCCCUCCGUCGGCUCGGAAUCGACUGUGAAGAUUGCCAAUGUGCUGCCUGACAAGUUUCCGACGCGCGAGUUCACAGUGCCCAAGGACUCGGACGUCGAAAUCGACCCUAAGAAGCAUGAGUGGGUGAACUACUUCAAGGCUGGUCUGGUUGGUGCGCUCAAAUUUCUGCGCAAAGAUGCCGAAUUAUUUGUCCCGGCCAGUAUGGAGGUGCUUGUGGACGGAAAUGUCCCCCCUGGCGGUGGUAUAUCCAGCAGUGCAGCUUUCGUGUGCUCCAGUGCUCUCGCAGUUAUGAAGGCGAACAACCAUGAUGUCUCCAAGCAGGACUUGCUUGAUCUUGCUGUAGUUUCAGAGCGCGCUGUUGGCGUUUACUCUGGAGGCAUGGACCAAGCAGCUUCCAUCUUCUCACGCCGCGGAUACCUCCUCUAUACGCAAUUCUUCCCCAAUUUCUCUGCCCAGCAUGUCGCCAUUCCCAAGGCUUCUGAGGAAAUCACCUUCCUCAUGGCCCAGAGCUUCGUCACCUCCAACAAGGCCGAAACAGCCCCGCGCCACUACAACCUCCGCGUCGCAGAAUGCACUUUGGCCUCUGUCGUCCUCGCCAAAGCAAACGGCCUCAGCCUUCCCAAGGACAGCAGCUCCCUCGGGUACAGCCUCCGCACCUUCCACAACGAACUCAUGCGGAAAGAAGGCCGCCUCGGCGAUCCGCUCGAGUACCAGAUCGAUUCCGUCAUCCAGGCCACUCAAGACAUCCUCACCCAGGAACACGGCUACACGCGCGAGGAAAUCGCCCAGCUGCUAUCCAUAUCCGUACCUGACCUUGAAGCCACAUACCUCUCGUCUUUCCCCGUCCAAGCAGAGCGGUUCCUGCUUCGCCAGCGAGCCCUGCAUUGCUUCAAGGAGGCUCGCCGCGUCCUAGACUUCAAGGCUUGCCUCGCCAACCACUCAACCCUAAACGACAAACGCAUCCACUACCUCGGCCAGCUACUUAAUGAGUCUCAGGAUUCGUGUCGUGACGUCUACGAAUGCUCCGCGCCCCAGGUUGACGAGAUAUGUGCUAUCGCCCGCAAGGCAGGGACAUGGGGCAGUCGAUUGACUGGCGCCGGAUGGGGAGGAUGUACUGUCCACAUGCUACCACAGUCUAAGGUCGAGGCAGUGACGAAGGCGUUGACGGAAGGGUAUUACUUGAAGCACUUCCCCGAUAUCAAUGAGGAGAAGCUGAAGGAGGCCAUGGUUAUCUCUAAGCCCUCCAACGGGUCUUUCAUGAUUACGGGAGCGGCCAUUUCCCAGGUCGAAGUCUGA